CUCAACUCCAUACAACACGGCCAUAGUCGUAGUGUUCACCGCAGCUCAUCCGUGAACCUGUCUCAAGAUUAGCGAGUAUCGAUGGGAAACUAAAUUAAACGAAUUAAAGCGGAGCAGAAGCUAGCACAAAAUGAACGCCGCAGAGGAAGACGUCGAUUCGAAGCUCCAGAAAGCGUCUGGUGAUCUCAUCAAGGACCUUGACGCCGCCCUCGUCAAAUACAUACGGAAGCUCGAUGGCCGUGGAGGAACUCGCGUGCGGUCUUGGGCUCGGGCCAGCUCCAUCUUCCCAGCCAUUUGCCAGGCGCUGGACAUGUUCCAAGAGCUUCCGCAGCUCUUAGAUCCGCACCUGCAGAAAUGGAUUACGUUGCUGGCUUCGUCGUACUUGGAAUAUCUACUGAGGGAUAGAGCUAGCAGCCGGUCCAAGGCAAAGUCGCCGCUGUUGGUGCCUAUUGAUCACGCCAUAUGCAAAAUCCUGUACACGUUUUGCAAAGUGCGCGGCGAAAAGGUCAUUGUUCGCUUCCUGAAUGUCGAGGCGAAAUAUCUCGAACCUCUACUAUCGGCUGUAGAAGAAGCCGAUGAGAGGUCUCAGCAGCCUGAUAACGAGCGACCAUGGUCUUGGGAGCAGCGAUAUAUCGUCGUUUUGUGGCUCUCACAUCUGCUGCUUGCCCCUUUUGAUCUCGCCACCAUAUCGUCAACGGAGUUUGAGGAUAGCAAGGUUCCCGACAUACCAAACCUGAGCCUAGCAGAUACUCUGCCUGGAAUCACUAAACGCAUUAUCCCCCUUGGAGUCAAGUACCUUGCGUCUCCUGGAAAAGAGCGAGAUGCUGCCAAGGCGCUGCUCGUUCGUAUGGCGAUGCGCCGAGAUAUGCAGCAGCUAGGUGUUCUACAGAGCUUGGUGCAGUGGUCUCUAGCAUCGCUAAGCCAGCUCGUGGAGGGUACGGCUGAUACCACUUAUUUUUAUAUCGGAGUUCUUUCUUUCCUCGCAGGAGUAUUGCGCUCUUCAUCGGAAACGUCUGAUAUGAAUGCGUUCUUGGAGGCCAUUUUCAAUGUCGUUUACGGAUUGACCUUACAGGAAAAUGAACUUGCGAAACAUAUCAGCUCUUUCGCAGUCGCCCGCAAAAUGAUACUCAAGGUUAUCCAAUCAGUUGUUGUCAUUUGCCUACGACAGCCAUCUCAAACGAUGGAACAUACGGUCAUUACGGAGACGGCUAUUGGAUGCUUGCUUGAGCGUGUUUCUGAUAAUGAUACCCCGGUGCGAAUGGCGGCUAGCAAGUCUCUUAGUGUCAUCACUUUGAAAUUGGAUCCAGAAAUGGCUUCACAAGUCGUCGAGGCAGUUCUCGAGUCUCUUAACCGCAAUGUCCUGUGGAAAAAGACGCAGGAUGAGACGGGGGCUAAAUCGGUUCGAGAUCUUUCCGCUAUCAAUCAUUUAGAAUGGCAUGGGUUGAUGCUCACACUAUCACAUUUACUCUACCGCAGAUCGCCACCCCCAGUUCAGCUUUCCGAUAUUAUCCAUGCACUUCUGCUUGGGUUGUCUUUUGAUCAAAGAAGUAUCUCUGGUGCUAGUGUUGGUUCAAAUGUCCGAGACGCAUCGUGUUUUGGUAUUUGGGCUCUCGCUCGACGAUAUACUACUACAGAGUUGUUGGCAGUUCCAUUGGAAUCGGUUUUUGCAGCCAAGUCUCAUCCCCAGAAUAGCUCCAUCAUUCAAGUUCUAGCGACCGAGCUUGUGAUGAGCGCCAGUCUGGAUCCGUUUGGAAAUAUUAGAAGAGGAGCAUCUGCUGCCCUUCAAGAGCUUAUUGGUCGCCACCCAGAUACGGUUGAACAUGGUAUUGCGGUAGUGCAAACAGUUGAUUAUCAUGCCGUUGCAAGACGUUCUCGGGCUAUCGGCGAAGUUGCCAUAAACGCAUCCAAGCUGGCAAAUCAAUACGCAGUAGCCGCACUUGAUGCAAUUCUGGGAUGGAGAGGUGUUGGUGAUGCAGAGUUAUCUGCAAGACAAGAUGCUGGGUCUGCUUUUGGUUCCAUAACAACCGAAAUCACGAAGCACGGAGCCACUGAUGAUGCAGAUCAGCUACGUCGCUCAUUUUCCGUCGUCAACGAGAGUAUCAAAAACUUGACUAAACGCCAGGUUGAGGAGAGACAUGGCUUGCUGCUGUGUUUCUCGGGACUUCUUGACCAGCUGCCAAAUUUGGAUAUUAAAGUUGAUCAACAUGCCGGCUUGCUGGAAGAGCUUCUCGCCGCAGUUGUGGAUAUCUUGAUCAACUGUAAGGAGACUACAUAUCGACGGCCAGAGCUGAUUGCGGUUGCUGCAAGCAUACUCGCAUUGUCGUGCUGGCCACUGCUGCAAAUGCUUGCAUUGAAAACCAACAGUCCAGAAAAGACGCUGUCUGGAUCAGUAGCGCUGUCCCCGACCCGACCAUUAUUUACGCAAACCGAUUGUGACGCUUUACAGUCAAUCUCAUCUGUUCACCAGGGCAUUGGGCGAUUUAAGGUCGCCCUGACAGAAAUUGUGCCGUUAUGGCUCGACUCCAGCGAAGGGGAUACGAUUGAACCGACUUCCAUGGCAGCGCUGUUAUUAACAAUGCUGCUGCCUGGCUCAGAAUGCGGGUCAACUAUGCAACAGUGGUGCGAAGUUGUCGGACUCAAACCGGCUACCCGAGAUUCUCGAAAGGGAUACGCCUACUUUUACAUUCUUGCAAUGUCAAGUCUCAGAAAGUCCGUGGACGGGCCGUCUCCUCUCGAUGCACUCUUGCAACGGUGGAACAAAGACAACGACAUAAACACUCGCAUCGCCAUUUUGCAAAGCUUGAUUUAUUCUCAUGCUGCCAAGACAUCCCCUGAAUCAUUACUCAACUUACUGGCUGAUGCUCUCACCGACUAUACUACAACGGCACAGGGCGAUAUUGGCUCCCAGUUGCGCGUGCAAGCAUUGAGGGCCGUCCAGAUUUUGUGGAAGAACGUCCAUCAGGGUGAACCUCAGCCUUGGUUUCAGCUUUCCGUAAAGAAACUCUUUUAUCUUGUCCUGCGAUUGUCCGCAGAGAAACUCGACAAGGUUAGAUUGGAAGCUCAAAUUGUCUUGAGCGUAAUACUGUCCCCAGCAAUGCAUGAGAGCUUUUUGCUCUCUCGUAUCUCGUCAACCGAUUACUUUACAAAGCUCCUUACGCUGCAGUCUUCUACUCAUCUUCAUGAGUCUGUGGUACGCUUAGCACGAGCCGAUCCGCUUGCAUGGAUCUCGCAACUUCUUACGGGCUAUGUAUCUUCGGCUGAUACUGGAAACGAAGACCUCGUGAUACGCAGCCGACAAGCUCUGACGGCGUUUUGCUCCGAAUCUACAGAUCAAGGGGAUCUCGUUUGCCAAGCUUUGCUGAACAACCUCAAAGACUACCAGGGUGACGAUAGAAUCCUUGUUCCAACCCUCGAGAUUGUGGUAUUCCUCUUCAAUGCUGGUAUUUUCCAGCGUCGGGCUGCAAUCAACUACAAGUCAGUUUGCCUCCAGGCCCAAAAGGCUGCCUACAAGAGCGGCAAUGUGCGCAAGAUUCUUGCCGCUGUCAAGGUAUACGGCGCGAUAGCGAGCAAGUGUGACGCCGAGGCAGCCAUCCCAGAGGCGCGGAAGCGACUGGGCGCCCUGAUGGGCCACCCGUGGCCCAAGGUACGGACGGCAGUGGUGGAUGAGCUCUGGAUGAUUUGUGAAGAUAGCCCGCUAUUGACUGGCGUUGAUUGGGGGCGGGCAGACAAGGCGCAGGUUGCAAAGCUUGUGCAAGAUCUCCAACUGUAAAUAGAAGAGUGGCGACCCCUUGAACGAGGGCGGAGAGAAGCCAGCCGGCUUCUCUGCUCGAGGCAACGGCGAUGACACCGGCAGUGGCUAGUGGUGGUAAUUAUAUACUCUCUGUGUCACUUGCAUCUACGUCUAAUAGAACCCUUUCGCUUGCAGCAUACCUCGAGAGCAGCAUCUUGCGUUGCACAGUGAGCCAUUGCACCCGCUGCUUUCCGCAUCUGCGACGCCAUUCAUCGUCCUGCAUCAAAGUCAUGUGCUGGUUUUGGCAACGAGUGCGCCCCUUCAGCCAAGUUUUUAAUAUAGUUGCCUAGUCCACUCCAAAAGAACGCCGUGACACUAGCAUGUACCGCGCGGCCGGUACGGCAACCUCCUCCUCGGCUAGUGGGAAAACCGUACCGCUUGCUCAAAGUACAAGACGGUGCCGGGGGCGUUUUGGCUGAAGAGUUACCUUAUUUGGGAAGGUCGACGAACUUUGUGAGGUGGCGGCCCCAUGACCGGUUAAUGGGGUUAUUUUGAUGGGGCUUCCGGGGAGGAGAUUUUAACGGGCGGGCAUGCUAAAAACUCAAAUUUUGAUUCACUGGGAUAAAUUGCCUAGAGAUUGGAGAAAACGCCUUCAGGGUCUCCCUCACGUCAAUAGCCGGUCGCGGCUUUGGCGCUAACAUCAAGAGCUGGAGUGACAUCCUGGUGUCGAUGAGCCAUUUGAAGGAGCUUAGUUAACCUCUGUCAAAGCCGAACCCCAGAUUGCCGGAGAUGCCGUCGCGAUUGGUAGCGGCGGUGGAUGUCGGAGUGGAUGCUUAGUGGGAGCGGCGUCUCCCCAAUGGCUGCUCGCGUGCCAUUCGACCUCCGUCGGGGCCAUGCCGUUUUUUGCUAGGCUAGUUAGCCUCAGCUAGAGAAUUGAUAUCAUAGGCCAGUUUAGCCUGGAAUCAGGCCAGGUAUCUUCUAAAUGACACCGUUUCAACAGUGUCUCGUUAGCAGAUGGGCCACCACCAUGUGGCGUGUUGGUGUGGACCGUGGCCCUCCGUAUCUUUUCUUCUGGGCGCCCGAUAUUGGAUUUCGACAAUGACGAUCGCUAUCUCUCAUUCUCCAUGGCACUUGCCACUCUGCCGAUUUGUCCCGGCUGCUUUAAGCUUACGAAACCGUGCUGUCGAGUUAUUCGACCUUUGAAAAUGACUUUUCACAGCACCCGAGAGCUGUUAUAGCUCAGACGUCACACGCGGUAAGCUCGGGGACGUUCUGUAUCAUUGCUUGGCUAGUUGGGGCGCUGUCACUGUCACUGUUGAUGAACCAAAUAUGCAAGACCACCAAAGCGCCGUUUGAUGGUCCAGGCUCAGUGGCUAUCCCGCCCGGCGACAGUUGGAGCUGGGGUUUCAGCCGAUGCAUCAUGCACCAGAUUACUGUUUUAGGCGACGCGUACAAGAGACAAUAAAUAAAAAGAAAAUCCAGGGCGCAGCAGCUGAGGGCGAUGGCGAUUCCGGCUAGGGUUGGUUGAUAACCGACAGUGUAGCUACGGAUGAAUGGGCUGCAAAGUCCAAUAAUUUCAUAACAGAGCGUAGCAUUUGCUCCUACAUGUGUAGCACAUAUAUUUCAAACUCAAACUGCAGCUGCAGCAGAAACAGUCGAUGCCUGUCUCUAACGGUGCAUAUCGAUCAGCACCUUAACUUUGGAUGUAACCCCGCUGCGGUUGGUCCCGGACUGUGUGUGUUGGAGAAGCGACCCUAUUUAGCAAUAAACUUUGGGGUUCCCUGAAACCUGGGGUCUGUGAAGCAGAAAGGCACCAAGGUGCGUACGGCGGCUGUAUAAAUUGGCAAGGAGGCAAGGUGCUGCGAUAUCAUUUCCUAGGCUGCCCAUUUGCCAAGGCGUUUGGAGGCAAAGCUGGGUGGUUCCGUGAGGCUCGCCCACGCUGAUACGCAAAAGCGCCACGUCAUUGCGGUCCUGGGCCUUUGCAGCGCCCGCUGACUGUGAGCGAGUAAGGCAAAAUCACCAAAAAGAGCAGGGUCGUGUACUGUAGUAGCCGCGCCGCCAUGAGGUGCAUGACGUGAGUGUGGGCGGCCACCGAGACGGGAUUCCGCCCCUCCAUCCAAACGCCUGUGUCUUGCAUCCUUUUGUUUGGUGAGGGUAUUUCUUUCAUCGAACCUUGGUUUUUCUGGAUGCGCCGCCGAGUUGCCAGCGCAACAACACUUGGUUAGAUCGAUGGGCAUACGUGUCGAGAGGGUCUUGUAGAGGGUUCCAGUGGGCGUGACGCUGGCCCAAGGGCAGGGAACAGGCGAGCCAGCCAAUGGACAAGCGACUCCAUCUCGAUCGUCACCGCUUGAAAAUCAAACGGAGAUGUCUCGCCUGAUAGAAUUCUGCAGGUAAUGCGCGUGCACCCACCCACCAGUGUUGCAUGGGCGGACGGGCAGCGUGUUGGUUGGCACUAGCAAGCAGGGGGGACAAAUGGUGGUGGUGGUGAUGGUGGAAGAGAUGGCAGUGAGGUAAGGCGCUGUGCGGGCCUGGCUUACAGCGCAACAGGGCACCAACACAGGUGGGAUUGGGGCGCUGUUGCUAGGGCGCUUUGUCUAGAUUUUCCGCCUUUUCCAGGGGGCCAGAUGGCACUGUUCACGUCCACUGUGGAAAAGAAGAAAUUGUCUCAGGCGGAUUUGGGGGUUGUGAUACUACUGCUACUGUACUUUGGUCGGGCCAUCGGUAGGUAGUACAUCCAAGUAACUAAUAACUUAGAAUUAGAGUUCAUCUGGUGUCUUGCAUGGUAGCGGUACACUGAAUCCACCAAAAACGAUAUACUGUACCUCGGGAUUCACUAGCAAGAGCAUCAUCAUCAUCAUCAGCAGCAUCAGUAUCAGCAUAGCA